AUGUUAAUCGUAGGUGGUUUAGAAGGGUUUAAUACAUGUUUCGAGGUCAAUGUCAAGAUACAAGGUCUAACCUUUAACGCCCCAGGUAUUACAGUUACGCUUGUUGCAGUUGCUGUUGAUGAUUCCGCUUAA